AUGGCGAGGGAUCACUCCAUUAGCGCUUCCUCCUCCCGUCCGUACAAAGAUGCAGAAGACAUCCUAGAGCACCUUGAGAGACCGCACGCCUCAUUCCUCACAGUGGUCAACGGAGUCAACUGUGCCCUGCAAACUUUAUCUAACCCAGACAUCUCGGGCGCCAAACAGAAGAAGCUGUCGAUGGUUGAGCUGCACAUCGUUGAGGCUGCUAAGCAAGCUACGUCAGCUUGA